UUAAAAGUGUCUUCGUUAUGGAAACUGUUAGCCGGAAAGUCAAUUCGUGUCUUACUCGUAUUUUAUCAGAGGUAGAUCAGUAAGAGAUGGCGCCCCAUAAUUGUACAACAGCUUACGUGCUGAUACGCACUCUGCACUCUGAUUGGUCACGCACAAAGCAGCGCUGUGAGUGGUCGAAAAUAAAGACAAUGAAACCCUUUUAACAUAAUGUAAUUGACAGUUGCAUUGUCUGUCCUUUGUAUGGUAUUUUAGUUACCCAGGUAGUAAGAAAACGUGUUUCUACUUACAACACCUUAGGUGGCGGUUGGUUGGUUUUUAUAGGAGUCAAAACGAACUCGCUAAACAGUAGGACAACACUGUGAACACUAUCUAACUCCGCUCCAAAUUUUGAGGGUAAGAGAUUCUAUUUCAACAACCGAGUUGUUACCGUACUCAUCAAAGACCACUUUGGCAGUCGCAUCGUUUGGCAAAAUGAUGAGUGAAAUACUCCCUCAGGUACCCUCCCCUGGUAGCGCCUUGUACCACCGCAUUCCAAAAUGCGCGCGCUGCCGUAACCACGGUGCUCUGUCGUGGCUCAAGGGACACAAACACUACUGCAGAUGGAGGGACUGUACUUGCUCCAAAUGUCUUCUCAUCGCUGAGCGCCAGCGAAUAACGGCCGCUCGAGUGGCUCUUUUGCGACAACAGCGAAAAAACUCAGAAAUGACGCAUAAAAUGGGACCCAAAGACAGCGACAAGGAACAAGUGGGAAAAGGUUUUGGAGAAGAUGUUUAUCAAAGACCUUCAAUGGUGCUUAACUCGAUGUCUACGAUACAUGGCAGGAACGACAGUGAUACAGAUUAUGAAGACGAAGGUAUUGAUCAACAACUGUCUCCGACAGCAUCCGAAGAAAACGCCAAUUCUCAAACCGAACAGCCUUCCGAACCCGAACCGACGAUAAUCGACGGUGUACGAAUUAAAACCGAACCGGAGAAAACGCCGGAAGAAGAGGAAGAAGGGAACACGAUAGUCACACCGAGUGAAAACGGGACUCAACUUCACUCUCCGAAGAGGAAAAUCAACGGCGAGACGCAACACGAUGAAAUCGAUGUGCUCCGACUUCACCCGAAGAUACCUCGAACUUCAGACAGCCCAAACGUGGGCAGAAAACUGCAUCAGGAUCCGCUCGUGUUGCUGAUGCGAGCGUUUCCGAGUCAGUGCCGAAGUGUGCUCGAGUUAGUCCUUCAAGGCUGCGGCGGAAACGUGGUUCAAGCCAUUGAGUGUUUGCUUCAAAAUCAGGAGAAGAAGCAGUUCCCCUUACCGAUGCCCGUCCCGGUGAUUGGAGGCGUUGGGGGACCACCCGCCACAAUUCAUCCAGCCCUGCACUUCCAAGCACCUCCGCUCUUUCGCAAACCGGAGCCUUUUUCGCACAGUUUCGGUCACAGGCCCCCUCUGAGUCCAACCUGUGCAUACCCGCCGCCGCCGCCAUUACUCAAACCCAAACCACAGGUCAGCGGUUAUCCUUUCUCGAUGGAAGCCGUCUUGGCUUCACCGCCGAACAAUGUUAGUGCGGGCUCAGGAUCUCCCAAGGGGGAAGAAAAAUCGGUGAUGGUACAUUUUUGCACAAAGUGCGGCCGAAAGGCGAAUUGCGAUGACAAUUUUUGUGCCUUCUGCGGGCAAAAACUCCACAAAUAACAUAAAAAUGACGUAUAACUAUUUCUUUAAGUGGGUAUGUGUAAAUGUAUCUUUAAGUAUCCAUGAGGUAUUCCGUAAAGAGAAAGUACAUUAACCCUCAAAGUCGAGUGUUCAACGUGAAAUUUCUCCUUACAAAUUUAAUAGAAGUUAUGAGACGUGUCAGGAGAGUCAAACAAAUGAUCGCCCCACCUAAUUUUUCUUUUGACAGUUCAACAUGUAUUGUCAUCUUUUACGAGGAGAAAAUUUUAAACCGUUGCGGAGAUUUGAAUGUUGAACAUUGGAGCUCAAAGGGUUAAUUUAUCUAAACGCAAAGGCUUUGCUGAUUUACUGUUCUACUUAACGAAGGGGAGUGAAAUUUUGUCGGGUAUGACUAUAGACAAUAAGAAAGAAACUUCCUCGGAUGAAAAUAUGGAAAGAAAACAAAUCGCGUGGUUAUAAACUCCGAUCGACUGCCAGAGUUUCACAUUCUUUUUUGUUCAUCGUCGAGGACGAUGUAAAGAUUUCUUUGUAUAUGACGAUAACGGAGCAGAACUGAAAAACGGUUUAUCGUGAGAAAAAAAACCGCCACGCGUUCAAAGAAGUGAUAAAAGAUACUUUUGCAUUUUAAGCUGUCAUUGACGCGGGUUUUCUGAAAAACAAGGCAACAGAACCCGAGAUACAUAAGGCUCGUGAAAUUUGCUCGCUCGUGUGUUUGUCAGUAUAAUAAUAUUUAUUAUUAUCACAAAUAUAUAUAUAGUUAAUCGCUUUGAUCUCUGAGAGGCACUAUCAAUCUUAUCCUUAAAAAGUUUCGUUCAUUUUCUGUGGAAUUGGUUUAUAAUCAAGACUAGAGAAAAUUAUGAAUUCUAAUUAAAGUUGGAGAGUAAGGAA